AUGGAGACUACAUCGAAGACAGAUGACACAGAUCGUCCAAUCGGAUACGCUUCGCAUCUGAAACGAUUUGGCGCAUCACUUGCAGACCACCAUAGCUACAGCCGCAAAGACUUUGUUUUCACUCUGGCAGACUGUCAUCAAAAAUUAGGAAUUGAAUGGCAUGAGGAAUCACUAGAAACGGUCCCUAACGAAGCCGUAGAAGAAAUUGAAGAGUUUGACACUAAAAUUGAGUGGAAAGCUCUCGAGUGCCCGAAAUGUCACCGAAGGGUCGAAGAUACACGUAAAUUGACCGAUCACCUCGUAGAAUUCCAUGGAAAAUCACAAGACAAACUCUGGUACAGUGAAUUCAAAACGAUCGGAUCAGACGUCAAAAGAUGGUUCGACAAGGCAGUCAAAAGACAAGCUGAAUCCAGUCUCGUGAAAAAGAAAUUCAAUAAUUCGAACAACAUGCUCAUUUGUCCCGCUGAUUCAAAGUUGGCUCCGUUUUUAAUGAUAAAACAUCUUGAAGUGUAUUUCGAAGAGUUGGCUGCACCUGCUACAGACGGAAUCGCUCUGAACAUAGUGGUUGAUGAAAAGAGCUAUCCUGUGAUCUUCUCCUUCCAUAAAGUUGAUAAAGUUCGUCGUAGAAUCAAGCGUUCACUUGUGAAAAAGUCAUUUGAAAAAAGACUAAAAGUACUCGAGGAUCAUUGUGCUCGAGUCAGCAUUUUAGACGAAGAUGUCAUCUUCAAAAAAUCGAGAACUGCCGAGGAACAUAAAGCUUUGGCGCAAGCACUGCAACUGCCAGAGACAUGCAGUUAUGAAGAGAUUGUGAACAAAAUUACCGAAAUGAGAGCGAAACACGAUGAUUUGAACAGCGUGUACUCGAAAAGUGUGAAACCAGACGGGCAAAAGAUGUCCGCAGAAGAAAAACGACUGAUCUCAUCCCUCACGAACGAUAUGGUCACUCCGGUCUCUGGAAAACGUAAAACGACAUACAAAAUUCCGUCCGAGUUGGGGUUGGGAGCAACGAAAAAGCGUCAGAGAACAACAACUCCAGAAUAA